CAUAUAAAUUAAUUCAGAUGCAAUGUCACUUUAGGGUUAGAUGAAAAAAAAAGCAUGGGGUCCUACAAAGGAGAGGGCUGGGGGGCCCCUUCAGUGGAAAAGUAAUGUCUGCUCCGUAUACUACUUCAGAGAAGACAUAUAAAGGGGCUGGAGAGAUUGAGAGAGAGAGACCACUCCACAGACAAACUCAAUUUAUAGAAGAAGAAGAAGAAGAAGAAGAAAGAGAUUGAAAUGGGACACCACACGUGCUGCAAUCAACAGAAGGUAAAAAGAGGGCUUUGGUCACCUGAAGAAGAUGAAAAGCUCAUCAGAUACAUUACCACUCAUGGCUAUGGCUGCUGGAGUGAAGUCCCUGACAAAGCUGGGCUUCAAAGAUGCGGUAAGAGCUGCCGGUUGAGAUGGAUAAACUACUUGAGACCUGAUAUAAGAAGAGGGAGGUUUAGUCCAGAGGAGGAGAAGUUGAUUAUCAGCCUUCAUGGUGCUGUUGGCAACAGAUGGGCGCACAUAGCCAGUCACUUGCCAGGAAGAACAGACAACGAAAUCAAAAACUACUGGAAUUCUUGGAUCAAAAAGAAGAUUCGAAAGCCAACACCAACUCCAGUAACAAAUAAACCAACCUCCGAUCAGCAUUCCCAAUUCGGGUACUACGCUUCAAACCAAGGAGAUUUCUUGAAUCAAGAUUUGGCAUCGAAUCUGCCCGUUGUCCAGGAAACCUUAUUUUCUUCUCCCAGUCCUUUGUUCAUGUUUGAUACCAAUUCACUCGAGGGGCAUAAUAGUACUACGGAUGGGAACCAAACACCCGAGUUUUUCCACGAGUCCGUGGGGUUGAAUCCUGAUCAAACUUGGCAUGUGAACCAACAAGAUCAAGUCCAAGCAUUUCACCCUCCGGCUUGUUUUACGACCAGCACAGGUACGGAUUCGAAUUACUUAUCACCUUUAUUAGAGCACACUAUCGAAAGCAUGAGGUUGAACGAAUGGGUUGAAUGCCAACAGUCGUGCCCAAGUUUUCUAUUUUGGGACCAAGCUGAAGGAUCGCAAGGUGGGGAGGAUAUUGCCCCUUCCUCAUCAAACAUGGAAACAAUGCUAUCUUCUUAUCCUUCAUCAUUAUGAGAUGUUAAUGAUGGCUAAUUAUUUCCCUAAACAAUUUUUAUUUUAUUUUUAUUUUCUUCUUGUGUUCGUAAUCUAAUUUGAUCGGUGAGACGAUGGAAUGAGAGAAAAUGAGAGAGUAAAACAUGCGUGGAUUGUUUCUUGGUUGAUCUAAUUAAGGAGACACAAGAAUGGUGAUGAGGUCUCCUUGUUUGUUUAUUCUGUUUGUAAUGGUGUUGGUUUUUAAUUAAUAAGUAUAUAAAGCUUCUGCUUUGUCACAUUUUAUUUUUU